AUGGCUUUUUAUGGCUCUACCUUUUCCAAUGAAACACAAUGGACUGAUGCACGACAAUCUCGUCCUGCUCGUCAUAUUGCUUGUCCACAACAUAUUAAAGAUGGAUACAUUCCUUAUGUUGAAGAUUCACCUUAUAUUAAUCCAUCAGCAAAUGAGAAUGCAUUGAAAAGGACAAAUCAUUUGGGUCUAUAUAAUACAAUGCAUGAUUGGCGUCAGGAAUUGAUGGGAUUAGCUCGACAAGUUCAAUCAUCAUUAUCACAUCUUAAUGAACCAUAUCAUUCUCGAUCAUCUCGUUCAAGUCAACAACGUUCAAGAAGAGCUACUAGUUCUAUACCAAUUUAUCAUUUGGAUGAAGAUAACGAACAAAAUAAUUCUAGACGAUUAUUAAAUCGACGUUCAAAUACGCGCAGUCAAUUUUCACCUAUAACAAAAUCUAAAAUAUCUAUUGAUACUAACGAACAAGAAUCAUCAAUUAACAAUGAAAAUCAAGAUGCUGGGAUAUGGUUGCUUCCAAUUCUUUGUCAUAUAUUACAUGUUAACAAUAUCCACGAAGCACAAGAUUGGCUUGUUAAUGCCAAUCUAACUGAAAAACGCUUAGCAAUGGAAUUAAUCAGUCGAACUAUGCAAGAUAUGCAAAAUCAUGAAAAUUCAUUCAUAUCGGAUAUGUCAACUUAUGAUCAAUCUUCAACAUCAUCAAAUUUAAAUAAUCUUUAUUGGCCAUACAAAUUGUGGCAGCAGCAACAACAAUCAAAAUUAACUAUUGAUAAUAGUGAUACAUGUGAACGAGCAACAUCACCAGUUCGAAUUCUUACACCGGCUAAACGAUUAUCAACAUCAACUACAUUUGAUCGAGUACAAACUGCAAACGAACGACUAUCAACUGCAAAUAAUCGAACACCAACAGCUUCUGUUAUUAUUCGAUCAAAUCCAAUUCCACAAAAAAUUCUAACACAAAAUGUAGCAGAAACAUGGCGUCCUCCUUCAAGAUUCUUAACACCAAUGUCACCAAAUAAUAAUGAUCGUCCAUCUCGUCGUAGUUAUCGUAUAACUACUAGCAAAAGUGUUUCUACCGAUAACGAUAAUAAACCUAUAUCAGCAAAUUUACAUGGCAGAACUCCACUGAUUUGA